AUGGCUAGAAUCGUGUCUUCGGACGAGAAUUCCACCACCUACAUGAUGCCAAGUCAUUUCGUGGCCAAGGAAAACGAACUGAUUCAGAAUGGGAUCCAUCCAGAGCUGGCCAAUGAAAUCUACAAUAACGGAGGAUUUAUAGUGCGUUUUUACUUUUAUUUUUGUGUUUUUGAUCUUUAGGGAGUUGACAGGAUGGAUAAGGAGUUAGUUUAGACCCGAUAUUGACAAGGGGUUCGAUGUAAUCGGAAAUUUUAUGAAAAAACUGAAGGGUUGAUGAAGUAUAAGGGCGCAAUGCCUUCAAAUGCCUUUUAAUUUUCAACCUAAUAGUUUUAGAAGCACUUUAAGAACUUCUUCUUUGAUUUUGACUUUAAAUCUACUUGAUUUAGACAAAAAAUUUGGGUAUGGCAGCGUUUUUGGCUAAAAAUAGAUACCCGUUCAACUAUGACGUCUAAAAACCUUUGAAAGGGUUCCCAGAACUAUCUGAAAAGCUUACCAGACCUUCCUUCACCCAUAUUCUUUUGAAUUUUGCCCCAAAAAAUCUCAAAAUUCCAGGUAUUUCCCAAUCUUCCAAAGAAAGAUAUUACAAUCGGGAUAGAUUAUCGAAAUUUCACUCCAACCGAGAAGUUUAUGGGAUUUAAAAUGAUUCCGCCUGGUCUACACUACAUUACGGUGAAGUACAAGGAAGCUCCAACCAUUUCUUUCUUCAUUUGGGUCGGUUUUGGGACGGUCUACGCGCCCAAGUGGAAUACGGCUAACGAGGAUUUCGAGGACUCACUUUUCAGCGAUUUCUGGCCAGAGGUGGGUGAAAAAUCUGAUUUGUUUUGGAGAAUAUGCCUUUAUUUAUUAUUUUAUGUUCGUUUUUCCUAUUUUCACUGGGUGUUUUUGCACAAUUAUCAAAAAUUUUUUAAAAAAAUAUUGUUUUUGGUCAUGGAUAAUAUAGCUUUAUUUUCAGGAUGUCUCCGACUCCAAGAAGGCUCAAGCCCAGCAGAUAAUGAAGAAUUAUGACGACCAUCUGGCUGUGUAUCCCUAUCCGCAAUAUAAGGAAUGGCAAUCGAUCACUUCUCACAUUAGCAAAGAGGUCUUUGAAAGGCUGCGACCGGCGAAUAAGUUGGGAAAAAUUAGUGAGCAACUCGAGUUUGAGACAAAAGAACAAGCCGAGGAGAAGAAACAGGUGAGAAUUUGUUGUCUAUGCAUAUUUUUUUGUCAAUUUUAGGAAUCUUUGACCUCACCUGACCUGAUAUAAAUUAUAUCAUUUUAGGGGACGUCGGAAGGCAUCUCAACGGUAAAUAAGGAUCAUCCAACGAGGCUUAGAUUCAAAGACGAAGCAGGCUUACCGGUGUUCGAUUACAAGCCCGGUGGACGGAUAUUUUUCACCGAACUUCCCGAGGUGGGUAGUGUAAUAUAAUUCUUGAUGGUUUUGUUCGAUUUCUAGAAUGUUGCUGGCCAAACUACGAAGAAAACCCGACUAGAGAGGGUCCUGGAGAAAGUGGGCUACAAAGAAUUGCUGGGAGAAGUGCAGUAUGCCUAUGUGAUCUUCUUGAUUGGCCAGGUGGGUCAUGGUGAAUAUUGGGGAAUUUUGAAGAACGUUUAAGAGUUUUUAGAUGUGUAAAAGGUUAGGAUAAGUAGAAUAUACAAGAAAGAAGAGGUUACACUUUAUUUUGGAAGCCGCGGGUUACUGUAACAAGUCGAAAUUUAGUUAUUCGGAGUUGGACGAUUGGGGAAACCGAAAAGUAUUAUUUUUCUUCGAUGAAAGUGUUGAAAUUAGGAUAAUCGAGGGUGCUGAUUUCGAAAAUUACAUUCAUUUUUUUUGAUAAUUACUUUUUUCUUUAAGUAGUACUGUAAAGUAGUAAUUUUUGAUUAUUUUUCCAUAAAUACUGGAUUUAGGGGUCUUCGAUGGUGCUGAUUUCAAAAAUCAUAUUCACUUUUUCUGAUUUGAAAGCACCACCAUCGAAAACCCCAAAUCGAGUAAAAGAGUAUUCAUGAAAAAAAAUUCAAAAAAUUACUAUUUUACAGUACUACUUAAGGAAAGAAGUAACUAUCAAAAAAAUGAAUGUAAUUUUCGAAAUCAGCACCCUCGAUUAUCCUAAUUUCGACACUUGCAUCGAAGAAAAAUAAUACUUUUCGGUUUCCUCAAUCGUCCCUUAAUUAGGUAGGCCUUGUAAAAAUCACAAAUUUUUUGUAUUAACUCGUAUUUUACAGUCAUACGUUGGUCUUGAUCAAUGGAAACGCCUACUUCACCUACUAGCCGACUGUUCCAAGGACAUUCCCAAGUUUCCCGAGCUCUUUGAAGAGUUUAUUGUCCUAUUUUACUUCCAAAUCAAGCUGAUCCAAAACGAUUUCUUCGAAGAUCUCUUCACUGGUGAUAAUUUUUUGAAAACGGUGAUCCCCAUGUUAUUUGCCAACAUUUCCGACAGUGAUCAUGCUUCAGCGACACUCAAGAAACGCUCUUUACAACUCAAAACCUUUUGUGAGAAGAAAUUCAAUCGAAGUUUUGAGUACUGA